CCUCACCCCGAAGCGUCCGGCAGUAGACGAUCUUUCCCCGCUGUGAGCCGUCGUGUGCGUCGGCCAACACAGAGCGAAGUAAAGCAGAGAACCGCAGCUUCAACAUGGGGAAGAAACAGAAGAAAUCCGGAGAGGACAGUGCCAAAGAUGACGGCAUCGACAUCGAUGCUCUGGCGGCGGAGAUCGAAGGAGCCGGAGCCUCCAAAGAGCCAAAAGGGAAGAAGAAGAAGAAAGGAGCUAAGAAGGACGACUUCGAUGAAGACGACAUCCUGAAGGAGCUCGAGGAGUUAUCGCUCGAGACCACAGGUGGAAAGGGGAAGAAAGCAGACGCCACAGAAGAAGUGGAGAGUGUUGAGCCUCCUAAACCAGAGAAGAAGAAGACCAGAAAGGGGAAAAAGGGCGGAGCUAGCCCCGAGGACGAAGAGGGCGAUGAAGGUGAAGGCCGUGUUGAUGGAGAAAGGAACGGAGAACAGAAGGACAAGAAGAAGGCACCUCCUGCUGCUCCUGCUUCUGAAUCCGACGACGACAGCAGCUCGCAAUCUCGUCUGAAGACCAAAGGAGGAAAAAAAGCAGGCAAAAAACCUUCAGUUUCCGACGGGGAGGACCAGGACCAGGAGAAAGAUGUGAAGAAAGGAGGAGGUGAGAAGGAGGACUCCGAAGACGAUGAGGAAUUCACCUCCAGGAGGGACAAGAAGAAGAAGAGCAAAGGGAAGCCGGUGAAAGCCGAGAGCGAGGAUGAGGAGGAGCAGCAGGAGGAUGAUGGAAGCUUCAAGAUCAAAACGGCAGCGCAGAAGAAGGCGGAGAAGAAGGAGAGGGAGAGGAAGAAGAAGGAGGAGGACAGGAUGAAGCAGAAGAAGUUGAAGGAGAAGGAGGGCAGUGUGGAGCCUAAGAAAGAGGCGGAGAAGAAGACAGAGGCCACACCCCCUGCAGCAGUGGAGGAACAGGAAGGGGCGGAGCCAGCAGCGGAUGAGGAGGUGGAGGGUGACAAAAAAAAGAAAGAGAAGAAGAAGAAAGGAGGGAAAGAGAAGGAGGAUGAGAAGAAGAAGAAGGGACCGAGCAAGGCCACAGUGAAGGCCAUGCAGGAGGCCCUGGCCAAGAUGAAGGAGGAGGAGGAGCGAGCCAAACGGGAGGAGGAGGAGCGGCAGAGGAGGCUGGAGGAGCUGGAGAGGGAGAGGCAGGAGAAGGAGCGUCUGGAGCAGGAGCGCAAGGAGAAGAAGAAGCAGAAGGAGAAGGAGAGGAAGGAGCGCCUGAAGAAGGAGGGGAAGCUGCUGACCAAGGCCCAGAAGGAAGCUCGUGCUCGGGCCGAGGCCACGCUCUUGAUGCUGCAGGCUCAGGGUGUUGAUGUGCCAUCCAAAGACAAAGAAAUGCAGAAGAAGAAGCCCAUUUAUGACAACAAGAGGAAGAAGAAGCAGAGCGCCCAGACUCCUGAAGAAACAUCAGAGGUGACCUCGCCGACCUCAGAGACCCCAGAGCCCAUUGCAAUGGAAACUGAGCCCAAGGCGCCGGCUGCAGAACCAGAGGUAAAGCCCGAUGCUGCUGUUGAUAACUGGGAGGCCAUCGCCAGCGACGAGGAGAAAGAAAGGAAAUUGAGGCUCAGCAGGACACGGCGAGAAGCAGAGUUGAAGAAAGUCCACAUCGAGGUGAAGGAGGAGACCGCUGCUCCUCCUCAGCCUGCUGCCAGUGAGGAGGACGAGGAGGAGGAAGAGGAGGAAGAAGACGAUGAGGACGAGGAGGAAGAUGAAGAUGAGGAGGAGGACAGUGAGGAAGAGCCUGAAGCGGUGAAGCCAUCGGUGGCGAGUCAGGGAAAGAGGAAAGUGGUGAGCGAGGAUGAAAGCAGCGAGAGUGAGGAUGACGACGGCAGGACGAAAGAGGAGCGACUGUACGACCGCGCCAAGAGGAGGAUAGAGAAACGCAGAGCGGAGAACCUGAAGAACAUCGACCUGGACAGGCUGAGAGCACCUGUGGUGUGUGUGCUUGGACACGUCGACACCGGCAAGACCAAGAUCCUCGACAAGCUCCGACACACUCAUGUUCAGGAUGGUGAGGCCGGAGGAAUCACUCAGCAGAUCGGCGCCACAAACGUCCCGAAGGAGACCAUCGAGGAGCAGACAAGGAUGGUUAAAAAUUUCAGCAGAGAAGAUAUCAGAAUCCCUGGUAUGCUGAUCAUCGACACACCUGGACACGAGUCCUUCAGUAACCUGAGGAACAGAGGCAGCUCUCUGUGCGACAUCGCCAUCCUGGUGGUGGACAUCAUGCACGGCUUGGAGCCUCAGACGCUCGAGUCCAUCAACCUGCUGAAGGAGAAGAAGUGUCCUUUCAUCGUCGCCCUCAACAAGAUCGACCGUCUGUACGACUGGAAGAAGAGUCCAGACACGGACGUGGUGGCGACGCUGAAGAAGCAGAAGAAGAACACAAAGGACGAGUUUGAUGAGAGGGCCAAAGCUAUCAUCGUGGAGUUCGCUCAACAGGGUCUGAAUGCCGCCUUGUUCUACGAGAAUAAGGAUCCUCGUACAUUCGUUUCGUUGAUUCCUACUUCAGCCCACAGCGGUGAUGGGAUGGGAAACCUCAUCGCCCUAUUGGUUGAGCUCACCCAGAGCAUGUUGGCUCGCCGGUUAGCACACUGUGAUGAACUGCGAGCACAGGUCAUGGAGGUGAAAGCGCUGCCCGGUAUGGGAACCACAAUAGACGUCAUCCUCAUUAACGGUCGUCUGCGGGAGGGAGAGACCAUCAUCGUACCAGGGGUGGAGGGGCCAAUUGUCACGCAGAUCAGAGGGUUGUUGCUGCCGCCCCCACUGAAAGAACUCAGAGUAAAGAACCAGUACGAGAAGCACAAGGAGGUGUCGACGUCUCAGGGCGUGAAGAUUCUGGGGAAAGACUUGGAGAAGACGUUGGCAGGGCUCCCCCUGCUGGUGGCUCACAAGGACGACGAGAUACCCGUCCUGAGGGACGAACUGGUGCGAGAGCUUAAACAAACCCUGAACUCCAUCAAACUGGAAGAGAAAGGAGUUUAUGUCCAGGCGUCCACGCUCGGAUCACUGGAGGCUCUGCUCGAGUUCCUGCGGACGUCCAAAGUCCCUUACGCUGGCAUCAACAUUGGCCCAGUUCAUAAGAGGGACGUGAUGAAGGCAUCGACCAUGUUGGAACACGACCCGCAGUACGCUGUGAUCCUGGCGUUUGAUGUGAAGGUGGAGCGGGAGAGUCAGGAGAUGGCCGAUAGUUUGGGAGUUCGCAUCUUCUCGGCUGAAAUCAUCUACCACCUCUUUGACGCUUUCACCAAGUACAGAGAAGACUACAAGAAGGCCAAACAAGACGAGUUCAGGCACAUUGCCGUGUUCCCGGUGAAGCUGCGAGUUCUUCCUCAGUUCAUCUUUAACUCCAGAGAUCCUAUAGUGAUGGGGGUCACAGUGGAGGCUGGAGUCCUGAAACAGGGAACUCCGCUCUGCAUCCCGAGCAAAGGGUUCGUGGAGAUCGGCGUGGUCACCAGCAUCGAGGUGAAUCACAAGCCCGUUGACACUGCCAAGAAGGGCCAGGAGAUCUGCGUCAAGAUCGAGCCAAUCCCUGGAGAGGCACCAAAGAUGUACGGCCGCCAUUUUGAAGCCACUGACAUGAUUGUCAGCAAGAUCACACGGGCGUCCAUCGACGCCUUGAAGAACUGGUUCAGAGACGAGAUGCAGAAAUCUGAUUGGCAGUUGAUCAUGGAGCUGAAGAAGACCUUUGAGAUCAUCUGAGGGACCUGAAACACACAAAAACACACACUCGCUCUUCCUCCAUCAGACGACGAGGCAGCGGCGGCGACCGACGGAGGGACAGAAAAAAUAAAAAUAAAAAAAACAGAUGAAAGACGUGACAGUGUUUUUCUGUGAGAAACGAACAGUUUUUUCCACUGUUGUAAACAGUGAUAGUUUAGACAUAAUUCACACACACACGCACACACUCAGUAUUCCAACGUGCCUGUUCUUCAGCAUCGUUAUUUUUUUUUUUUCUUCUUGUUCUCUGCUCUGAUUUGUGGCUGCUGCUUCAUGUCCCAGGCUCCGCCCCCUUCUUACCCAGACUGAGGCUAACGAGCUUAAUGAGGCUGAGGUGCCACCUGAACAGGUGCAUUACGGGAUUGUGCUGAGCCAAACCAGGCCUCGAAAAGGAGACAGUUUUUCUGUUUCAGCAGCGGUGAGGACGGCGUCGACUUCACAGACUUUGGAGAGUUGACUUUCUCUUUGCUGUACGGCUCAGCGGCCAUGUUGGGAGGCUGGGGUGGCGUGGGAUGAUGGGGUGAAUGACGGAUUUUAACCUGUUUUUGCUGCAACUGCUGAUGUAAUAAAUUCCCAUGAUUCUGAUGAAAA